GCUCCUUUCUCUUCACUCUUCUUGCUUGCAGCCCAUUCCAGCUGCUAUGAUCUCUACCACCUGUACAGCAAUGGUACAUUAUCAAGGCCUUUUUGCUGGGCUCACAUUCAGCCGUUUGUUUGAUUCCUCCCCUUCGGCAGAGUGACAGAUUGGGCAACACUACCAGUCACCAGGACCCCCAACAGAAUCAUUGUCUCGUCCAUUUCCUCACUCGCUGGUCAUCCCAAUGUUCAGAAUCGCCACCACGGUCUUCUCAAACCCCAUGGAUAGGGAUACCUAUGCUACCAUAGCUAUGCGGACGAGAGUCCAGCCUCUCCAGGUUCGGAGGAAAAGGGACCGAGACCGACCCUGUCACCGUUUCCCCAGAUUUGUCCCCCAGAUUCGCCAUCACAAUGCACCUAAUAUCUGGGGCCCCGGAUCAACCCUGGUUAUGACACCCUUGGCAGCCACACCUUUCAAGUUCCCCUUCGGCACGGCAGCUUAGAAAGGUGCUGACGGGUGCGAAAGCAACAUCAAUCAGCAUGCAGGGUUGCGCCAAUUCAAGAAGCCUGGACUGAUCCAGGACGGUGGAAGCACAUGUAACGAGCUCAUCACUGCUUUGCCAUCGUGGUACAAAAGGGCACGAUGACCUCUUCGCUUUCCGCUUUGGAGAGGUGUCUCUGGUAACUUCCACUUGCUCUCUCAGCAUAACUCCUUACCAGCCAGUCAACAUGGCUCACAGCAUAAACGAAAAGGAGGCCAUGGGUGCCCAUGACGAUGCCUUCCCAGAAUCCGAUAUUACUGUCCAGUUGGCCCAUGAUGUCGACAACACAAAGUACUCGCCCUGGUCCAAGAGCAUGUUCCGCCUCUACCUUGUCCUCGCGUGUGCCUACCUCUGCGGAUGUCUCAAUGGGUACGAUGGAAGUCUGAUGGGAGGCUUAAACGGUAUGAAAGCCUACCAGAACUACUUCCAUAUGUCCACUGCAGGCUCGGGAACCGGCCUUGUUUUCGCCAUGUAUAACAUUGGCAGUGUUGCUGCCGUUUUCUUCACCGCCCCUGUCAACGACUGGUUCGGGCGUCGCUGGGGCAUGUUCACAGGUGCUCUUGUCAUUAUCAUUGGCACGUGUGUCCAAGCCACGACACAUACCAAAUCCCAGUUCCUAGGCGGUCGCUUCGUCCUCGGUUUCGGCGUCAGCUUCUGUUGCGUAUCAGCCCCUUGCUAUGUCAGCGAGAUGGCUCACCCCAAGUGGCGCGGCACCCUGACAGGCUUGUAUAAUACGACCUGGUACAUUGGCUCUAUUAUCGCUUCGUGGGUCGUCUAUGGUUGCUCCUAUAUCGAGAACAACAAGGACGCGUGGCGGAUUCCCAUCUGGUGCCAAAUGAUCACCUCCGGAAUCGUGUGCUUGGGAGUCUUUUGGUUGCCCGAGAGUCCCAGGUGGCUCGUGGCUCAAGACAGGUACGAAGAAGCUGCCAAAAUCCUGGCCACCUACCACGGCGAAGGCCGGCUCGACCACCCUCUAGUACAGCUGCAACUCAAGGAGAUGGCCAACCAGAUCUCGUCAGAGGCAUCCGACAAGAAGUGGUACGAUUACCACGAGCUUUGGAACACUCACUCCGCCCGUCGCCGCCUUAUCUGCGUCCUCGGCAUGGCCUGCUUUGGCCAAGUCAGCGGCAAUAGCUUGUCCUCCUAUUACAUGGUCAACAUGCUCAAAUCAGCCGGUAUUACCGAUGAGCACAAGGUAUUGGCGCUGAACGGUAUCAACCCGGCCUUGUCGCUCAUCGGCGCCGUAAUGGGAGCACGCAUGACCGAUGUCGUUGGCCGCCGUCCUCUUCUGCUCUACACAAUCGUCUUCUCUUCCACCUGCUUCGCCAUUAUGACGGGUACCAGUAAACUCGCAAUGCCGGGCCAUGUUGGUAACCUUGACGACGCUGAUACUCAAGCUCUCACCCCAUCCCAACGUGCUGCCGCUAACACGACCAUUGCCUUUAUCUUUAUAUUUGGCAUUGUCUUUUCUUUCGGAUGGACGGCCUUGCAGUCCAUGUAUAUUGCGGAGACACUCCCUACAGCUACCCGCGCAAAAGGCACUGCUGUCGGAAAUUUCGUAUCUGCUGCUUCGUCUGUCGUUCUUCAAUAUUCCUCUGGGCCUGCUUUCGAGAAGAUCGGGUACUACUUUUAUCUCGUUUUUGUGUUUUGGGACCUCAUUGAAGGUGUCCUGAUCUUCUUCUAUUUCCCUGAAACCAAGGAUCGCACCCUCGAAGAACUCGAGGAAGUGUUCUCGGCUCCUAACCCGGUCAAGAAAAGCCUGGAGAAGAGGAGUGCGCAGACAGUAUUGAACACCAUGGGAGCGCCGGAUGACGAGAAAGUUACAAUUUAGUUUGGUCAAUGGAACUUGUGCGUGAUUAAAUGGAGGUCAAGCCCAUGAUUCCGAUGGCCAAUCAAUAUUUUCAUCAGCCCAACCUUCACACGUUGGUGUGAUUAUAAGAGAGUACACUAGGGUUCGUUGCUACAGAGUUCAACUACGGACCGUAAGCGCCUGGCCUUGCUCAUUAUAAAAGUGCUG